ACUAAGCUGGCCGGUUUUGGUGUUCUAGAAUCUUCCGUCGCGGAAGUUCUCUAGGGUUUCGCUAUCCACUUCUUCUCAGACAGUCAUCAAUUCCGACGAUCAUCUUACCAUUUCGUGUCGGCGUCGAUUUUCCGGUUUCGAGCAAGCAAUGGCGACUGCACCGCUUUCUUCUGCUGCAUCCUCGAUUUCAGCGAAUAGGUUUGCUACAUUUGAAGGUCUUAGAGGUACGAGUGUGGCGAAGGCAUCUUCAUUUUUGCCGCUGAAGUGGAAUGGGCAUCGCGUUAGGUCAUUUCCUGGCCUAGCUGUCAAGGCUGUCACAACUGUUGCUCCGAAGUACACUGCUCUAAAGCCGUUGGGCGACAGAGUUUUGGUCAAAAUCAAUACGGCAGAGGAGACGACUUCGGGUGGUAUAUUACUACCCGCAUCAGCACAAACAAAGCCUCAAGGGGGCGAGGUGGUUGCUGUCGGAGAGGGCCGAACUCUAGGAAAAAAGAAAGUCGACAUUUCCAUAAAGUCCGGAACCCAAGUGGUGUACUCAAAAUACGCCGGAACAGAAGUGGAGUUCGACGGCGCAAAUCAUCUAAUUCUUAAAGAGGAUGACAUUAUCGGCGUUCUUGAAUCCGACGACGUCAAACACUUGAAGCCUCUCAACGAUAGGGUUCUCAUAAAGGUCGCCGAGGCUGAAGAAAGAACUCCCGGCGGACUAUACCUAACCGAUUCAAGCAAGGAGAAGCCGUCAAUCGGCACAGUUGUCGCAGUCGGGCCGGGCCUCCUCGACGACGAGGGCAACCGAAAGGCAUUAUCGGUAGUGCCAGGUAACACGGUUUUGUACUCAAAAUAUGCAGGAAAUGAGUUCAAGGGCGGGGAUGGGUCCGAAUACAUAGCUCUGCGAGUCUCGGAUGUUAUCGCCGUACUGUCUUGAAUGUCCUCCCGGCGACCCUCCGGACAUUGCGGCGCGAUAAUGGAACCGGUCGGAACUGGACCACCACUACCUUGUACACCUCUUCUGAGUGAGUAUAAUUAAUUUUGCGAAUUAGGCUGUCUUCUUAUCUGAAGGAUUUUUGCGAAAUGGAAUAAGAGCUUGUGAGGCUGUUGGGAAGUGUAUUUGUUUCCAAGGUUUUUUAGAAUUUGAAUGAAUUUCUAAAACUAUAGACGAAAUUUUACUUUCGAUCUCAUUUCAUCAAAAUGUUUUCAGUCCAACAGUACAAAAAUAUACAAUUCCAAAAAUGGAGUAUAAAAUAUGAUUGUAUCAUUAUAUUUUUAUAAUGGAAAUGCUUUUAUA